GCGAGGCACGCUCGCUGGGCGCAACGACUUGUUCGCCGAGAGCGGUUUGCUGACAGGGUUUUCUUGGUGCUCGUUGUCAAAGGCUCAGGUGCCUUUCAGACAAGGGAAGGUUGCCAUGAGGUUUCCACACGACCUUUUGUUCUUCGGGCUGAACAGCUCCAGCUUCCUCAGCCUGUUUUCGCAGGGGAGCUGAUGCCUGUUCGGUGUGCGUGUUCCACAGACGGUAACUUGGUACCGAAUGACUGUACAGGUGGACUGUGGAAUCAGCCCAUACGCCUUCAAAUAAACUCUGCGGUUUGGGGGCCACUUGUGUAGGUUAAGCAACCCCAGCUCCCUCAGCUGUGCCUCAUAGGAUGUGCUCUCCAGACCCUUCACCAGCUUUGUUGCCCUUCUCUGGAUUCACUCCAGCACCGCUGAACUGCAGAUUCCAGAACGGACACAGUACUGGAGGUGUGCUCUCACUCACCAAUGCCACGAUGUGUUCCUUUAUUUUGAGCCUUUCUGAAAUAACUUGAAAGAAGGCAUAACACUAAAGGCACAACAUCUGUUCCUGAAACAGUUGGGUAUACAUCCUGACUGGCAAUUUGUAGAUGUUUAUGGUAUGGAACCAGAACUGCUUAGCAUGGUGCCAAGACCUGUAUGUGCAGUACUACUUCUCUUUCCAAUAACAGAAAAGUAUGAAACCUUCAGAACAGAAGAAGAAGAGAGGAUAAAAGCUAAGGGACAAGAUGUCAAAUCAUCAGUGUAUUUCAUGAAGCAGACCAUUAACAAUGCUUGUGGGACAAUUGGGCUAAUUCAUGCUAUUGCAAACAACAGAGAUAAAAUGAACUUUGAAACUAAUUCUUCACUGAAAAAGUUCCUAGAAGAUUCAUUAUCUAUGACUCCUGAAGAGAGGGCCAAAUACCUAGAAACUUAUGAAGCUAUUCGUGUCACUCAUGAAUCCAGUGCCCAUGAAGGUCAGACUGAGGCGCCAAGUAUAGAUGAAAAAGUAGAUCUUCACUUUAUUGCAUUAGUUAAUGUAGGUGGUCAUCUCUAUGAAUUGGAUGGGCGCAAGCCAUUUCCAAUAAACCAUGGGGAAACCAGCGAUGAUUCUUUUUUAGAGGAUGCAAUAGAAGUUUGCAAGAAAUUCAUGGAACGUGACCCAGAAGAAUUAAGAUUUAAUGCAAUUGCACUGUCUGCAGCUUAAAAGUCUUUUCCAGUGAAGCAACUUUAUUGCAAUGGAUUGUAAGAAUAAAACUGUUGCCAUAUGUUAAUAGUACAAAUUUUGAUACUUCCCUAACAUCUUGACUAAUUGUAGCAUACGUGGAAUAAACUUUGCAUUUGUCCUUGCUAUAUUUUGCUGCUUGUUCCUACAGCAACUUUGGGUAUUUCUAUACAGGCAUGCAUUUUGUGCAAGAUUUCUAUGUGGUGGGUUUUUUUCCUUCCACCCCCUUAAAUUUUUGGGACUUACUGUCUGUGAUAUUUCUUCGUAAUAAUGAUGAGCUGCUUUAGAGCAGGAUUAUCAUUUGUAUCAUGCACAGGUAACAUUCUGAGUGGAGUAUGUGGUAUGGUGAUGGCUGAAAACUUGGAGUAUGAGGCUAUCUCUUUCUUUUAUUUAUAAUGGUGCGAGAAUACUAUAAGAACUUCUUCAGGUGACUCAAGUGACAAAAACAUUUUUCAGUGCAUUAUUUAUAAAUAAAUAUGUGGAAGAAAAUAGGCAGAAAAAGGACUAUUACUGUUGGUGAGCACUAACAUUUUUAAAUCAUCUUAAUGUUUACAUUUUGAAUAAAACUUCACUUUGUUUCUCAAGUAUAAUAACGUUAAUAAAUUGUCAAAAAACUUUAGUUAAACCAAUGUUUGCUAUUUAUAUAUGUGGAAAAAUGACGUGGAUUUUUCCCCAAAAAAAGGCACAUUAAGUAAUUCAAAUGGUAGGACUGUGGAAGGCACACACAGGUGAAUACGGCAAUGUGAAGUACCUCACCUAACUGAAAUAAAUUAUAGAAAAGUGA